GCAGUAUACAGGACUGGAAGUCAGGAGACCUGGUUGUCUAGUCCUGGCAAAGCUGUGUGCCCAGACCAGCACGCUCCAGCUUUCUGGGCUUCCAUUUCCUCAUUCAAACAAAGGAGUUUGAACCUGAUUAUCUUUAAGAUGCAUUUCCACCCUCAGAUGCUGAUGACCGGGAGAAAGCAGAUCAUGAUUCUGGAAGGAAGUGGUGUAAUGAAUCUCAACCCCAGCAACAAUCUCCUCCACCAGCAGCCAACCUGGACAGACAGCUACCCCACGUGCAAUGUUUCCAGCGGGUUUUUCGGAGGCCAGUGGCAUGAGGUCCAUCCUCAGUACUGGACCAAGUACCAGGUGUGGGAGUGGCUCCAGCACCUUCUGGACACCAACCAGCUCGAUGCCAGCUGCAUCCCUUUCCAGGAGUUCGACGUCAACGGCGAGCAUCUCUGCAGCAUGAGUUUGCAGGAGUUCACCCGGGCGGCGGGCACGGCGGGCCAGCUCCUCUACAGCAACCUGCAGCAUCUCAAGUGGAAUGGCCAGUGCAGCAGUGACCUGUUCCAGUCCACACACAAUGUCAUUGUCAAGACGGAACAAACUGACCCUUCCGUCAUGAACACCUGGAAAGAAGAAAACUAUUUAUAUGACACCAGCUAUGGUAGCACAGUAGAUCUGUUGGACAGCAAGACUUUCUGCCGGGCCCAGAUCUCCAUGACAACCACCGGUCACCUUCCUGUCGCAGAGUCACCUGAGAUAAAAAAGGACCAAGACCACCCUGCAAAGUCCCACACCAAAAAGCACAAUCCACGAGGGACUCACUUAUGGGAAUUCAUCCGUGACAUCCUCCUGAACCCAGACAAGAAUCCGGGGCUAAUCAAGUGGGAAGACCGGUCUGAGGGCAUCUUCAGGUUCUUGAAAUCGGAGGCUGUGGCUCAGCUGUGGGGAAAAAAGAAGAACAACAACAGCAUGACCUACGAAAAACUCAGCCGAGCGAUGAGAUAUUACUACAAGAGAGAAAUUCUGGAGCGUGUAGAUGGACGAAGACUGGUCUAUAAAUUUGGGAAAAACGCACGUGGAUGGAGAGAAAAUGAAAACUGAAUCUGCCAACACUUGGAACUCAAGCCAACACAUACCCCAGACAAUAGCAAACCAAGAAAUCCUGCACAUGCGUAUUUCAAAGACUACUUUUCUCUGAUAUUUAUGUACCAUGAGGGGGAACAGCAUCCGCUUCUAAUGGGAAGAAGGAACACUACAGUCGAUAAAAUUAUUUUGUUACUUUGAAGUAUGUCCUAUAUGGGGAACAAACGUACACAGUUUUCUGUGAAAUAAGACGCUUGUAUGCGGCCGUGAUUUAUUUUUGCCUCUAUUGAAGUUCUUUUCCACUGCAAGAAGAACAGGACUGGUAGCCUUGUGCUUCCUGCUAAAAGAAAGAAAAAAAUAUUAGAGGGCAUUAAAUGUUUUUAUGUGCAAAAUGAUUAGGGAAAGGUGAUGUGUCUUCUGCGCUUACGAAUCCACGUGGCCUCAUCAAGAGAGGUGGGUGUGGUUGUUAGCAUGGACCCCGAGGUCUCAGAUUGCCAGGAUGAACCAGAGGAUGCUGGGAAGUUUAACCUGGGCUUUGGGAGCCGGUGAGUGGAGCAUGAAGCCUUCUGAAGUCCAAGUGGACUAUAAUCACUGCAUAAUCACAGGACUUGCGAUGCUUAAAUCAGCGAGAAGAAUAAUGGUGGGGGCUUUCUACUCAUUCAACAAUGAUUUACCUGAUGCCAAGGCUGUUUUUCUCUCUCCCCCUUGCUUGGAUGAUUGGCGGGUGGGGGGGGGGGGGAGGUGGAAACUUCAGUUGCCACCUCUGCUCACUUCUAGAUAUUUAAGAGAGGGUCUAGCCUUGGUUGUUUUUAUCCCAAUUGCUCCAAAAUAAAUGGGAAAAAGGAGGUGGUGAUGAGUUUGCUCUUGGAGCCCUAUAGCCCCUGAGUAAUUCUUUGUUGUGCGUUAUUGGGCUGUUUUGUGCAUUGUAGGAUGUUUAGCAGUAGCCAUGACCUUUAGCCACUAAUUGCCAAUAGCACUCCCAUCCCCAAAGUUGUGACAUCUUCAGAAAUUGCCAGGUAUCCCUUGCAGGGCAAAAUUGUCCUUGGCUGAGAACCACUGAUGUAACCAGUCAAGAUGAAGGUGGUGAUUUACUCUCAGGACAAAGCUAUGUGUAGAUCUUUUAGUCCCUAGAGUGAAGUAAAAGCAAGACUGCAAAGUCAACCAAUGUUUAAUUUUUAAAAUGUUAGGGACGAUGGGAAUUCAGGAAUGGGACAUCUAGAGGGAGUUUUCAGAACCCCAGAUGAGAGCCAAAGUCAGAUGACAAACUAAACAUAGUAAUGUAGCAAAGAACUAUAAUAGAAGACAUUUCACUAGAAUGAAAAAGAACAGUAAAAAUUAAAUUGCACCAGGAAAUGCUGAGAAAAGAAAGAGAGAGAGAAGAAGAAGGGAGGAAAUGAGAGAGAGAGAGAGAAAGAGAGAGAGUUCCAGGGAAAAUCUUUGCACAUGUUAAUUCUUAUCAUCAUUCCUCUUUUGGAUAAUCUCUUUCUUGUCUCAUCUCGACUCAUCCCGAAGUGAAGGAUAUGUCGCCUAGAUUCGUGUCCAGAGGGAUAUUUUUGUUUGCUUUGAAAAGGAAAGACAGAAAAGAAAGGAAGAGGGAAGGGAAACAGAGAGCUCAGCUCCGGAGUUAUGGUUAGUAAGAAGUUGGGGAUUUCUUCGGUGGAAUUGUUGAGAGGUGCCUGGAGACUUAGCCCUGGGCCCUGCAGUCUGGGAGGAACGUGAGCCUGGGGACACUUUGGAAGUGACUUUAAACACUCAGAUCCCUUUUGCACCUUUUCGUUUUGGUUUCCCGUGUCCUUGGCUUUCUCCCCCGCCCCCCCUUUUGCCUCUCUACCUUGAGCAAAAAUGUGGGGGUGAAGACAAUGGGUUUCAUCAGCUAAUGGACCACCUACCACCGUGUCUCACCCAGGGAAGGCGAGUGAUUCAUAGUCGAAGGUUGUGAAGUGUUUGUAAUGUAUUCAGAAGGUAGGAAGUAAGAAUUAAGAAUUUGUCCUGAUUAUGAUGAGAGCCGUUAUGGACGGUGACCUUGGAGGCCCGGCUUAGGGAGAAGAUCUUCUGAAGUUACAACCAAGUCCAUUUUUAUUGCCGCCUGCCUCGGUCACCUGCACGUACGUUGUCAAAUAACAGUUACUGAGGAAACUGAGGGAAAUAACAAAGAGCAACACAGACCUGAAACAUGCCUGCGUAAAAAAACACAAGGUGCUUUUCCAAGUGAAGCGAAAGAACUGUGAGGCCUUUCCAGCAUUUUAGCACUUUUCACAUGGAAUGAAUUAAACAUCCAAAUAUCUGAAUUGGUGUAAACGCAUGAAUGUUUGCACGUCUGCGUGCAUCUGAACCAUGCGGCGUCGUUAGGGGCAUCUGCUCACGUGCUCUCUGCCUUUUCCCCCCUGGCUUUGCCUGCUCUUCACCUAAAGUGGCUAGAUCCUUCCCGGAGUUCACCCUUCCCCAAACCUGUACGUUGCUCACACUCCUCCAAAUUGGCCUUGGCUCUUUCUGCACCAUCUCCAUCAAGAGCACUUUCUGGUAGGUAGUAAGUAAAUCUGGGGAGUACCGACUGGAACGGUUCUGCAGAUAAUUAACAGAUUGUGUUAUUUGCCGAAAGUGACGGUUUCUUGGCACCUGGUUCCUGCUUAAAUAGGCUGGAGUAUUAAGUUCUUAGCAUAUCUCUCUAUUGUCUUGGCUUGAGUUGAUGCAUUUUCUAUGUGCUGUUCGUGACUUGGAGAACUCAUGGCAAUUGGGCCAUGCCAACUUAGGGUGUGAACGGAAUACUUCCCACCACAGUGUUGCAAGGGAGAGCAAAAUCCCAGAGAGAAGCCAGCAUCGGGUGAAGCACCCUCCCCCCCCCCCCCCCCACCUUCUCUUGGGGACUCGUAGCUUCUCACUCAAGAUGCUUAUCUGUGUUGGAUGCUUACAUGGUUAUCACACCUGGUCUCUUGAAUUCUCAAGGCUUGGGCUCUAAUUUGUCAUUUUCAUGGGAAUCCGAGGCAGGAAAUGUGUUGCUAAGACUUGGCCAGACUUAGAUAAUCUGAGACUCCUGGAUAUUUGACUUGAUGAAAUUUGAGCUAGGCCUUGGAUCCCAGAGACCUACACCUGCGGCUUCUUGAACUUGCCUUCUGACCAGGGCAGACCCAGGUGAUGAGUUUUCCUUUGAACAUGCCGGUCCUUCCUUAAAGUCCUUGUCUUUCUAGACUGUAAGCUCUUUGAGGGCAGGGACUAUAUCUUACCCAUAUUUCCCAGCACCUAGCAUGAGAUAGGUCCUCAGCAAACAUUUGUUGACUUAAUGAGCGAAUGUCUUCUGGAAGAUGUCUCCAUAUCCAUAAUUGGGAUGUGAAUCGUUUCUUCACUGGAAUAGGAGCACAAUGGCCACAACUUCAAGGACAUGUUAUCUAUUAGAUGAACAUUCUACUGUGAGACUUUUUACUUUGCCUUCCUCCUUGUGCUGAAAUGAAACCAAACAGACAAGUUGUUUGGUUCCACAAGCCAACAUACAUCAGAGGAGAAUUCUGUUGCCUGAUUAGGAGCUGUGAGCCUUAUUUAGUACAAGAAGCCAGUAAUGGACCUUUGACCUGUUUUAACCAAUGAAGAUUAUGAAUGUGUUUAUACGAUGUAAAUUGCUAUUUAAGUGUAAAGCGGUUCUGAAUUUUAGUAUAUGGGGGUUGGUUUAUAUAUAAAUAUAUAUAUAUAUAUAUAUAUUUUGUCUUUUUGAAAAAUGCUGAGGGAUCUUUUGAUAAGGUUAGUCAUGCAUGUUAGACUUUAAUUGUGCAAAUGUGCUGUUUUUCACAUGUAUAAAAUAUAGGAGAAGGUAAAAUAGUGAGAGGGAAAGGCAAUUAUGUUAUUCUUCUAUAGUUACUGUUGAGUGCCUACUAAGUGCACAGGGAGCCAUAUACGUGAGGAGCUUCUUUAAUUAGACAAAAUGUACCAGAUGUUCCAUAGGACCCUAUUGCGUGGAUACAUACUGUGUGAAAAAAGGGACAGCACAACAACGAUAUCUGAGCUGAAUUAACUUCAGCUUUGGUUCUCAGGAUUCCAUUUCUGGAUUAAGAUAGCACUUGGUAAAACCCCACCAAGACUGUGCCUGAUGAGCCCCUGAAAUGUAUAAGCCCUCACAGUUAGCUUAAUUGGGAUUGAUCUUUCUGUAGGUAUCUGCAUAAUUCUUGCUUUUCUUCCCCUUUGGCUUCUGGGCUGACAGUUGGUGAAAAACAAUCCUACUGCCGCUAUUUUUUUUUAAUCAGAAAUCUUGCCCUUUAUGUGAAAUUAACACUGAGUAUUUUUGUUUUAUGAAAGAAUUAUAUUUUUCAAAGUAUUGUUUUUUGUUUGAUGGGUCCCAGAAAACACUAAUAAAAACCCAAGACCAGCCUGUAA